GUCACACCUUAGCGACACAUCGUUCAACAAAAUAUGGCGUCCUACUGUAUGACAGUUUCUCGGCUCCGGCUUGUGCUAGGAGAUGGGGCCAGACGACUGCAUGUCACAGCAGCCCUCAGCGCAAAGGCAAAGGUGUCCAUGAGCCGCUUCGAACCUGGCUCCAGCAUCAACUAUGAGGCACUGAACACAAAUAUCAAUAUUGUGCGCAAGAGGCUUAACCGUCCCCUUACCCUUUCGGAGAAGAUUGUGUACGGGCACUUGGAUGACCCCCAUGGGCAGGCUAUCGAAAGGGGGCGCACAUACCUGCGCCUGCGGCCUGACCGGGUGGCCAUGCAGGACGCCACAGCGCAGAUGGCCAUGCUGCAGUUCAUCAGCAGCGGCCUGCCCAAGGUGGCCGUCCCGUCCACCAUCCACUGCGACCAUCUGAUCGAGGCCCAGAUCGGUGGGGCUGAGGACCUGCAGAGAGCCAAGGAUUUGAACCAUGAGGUGUACAACUUCCUGGCAACAGCUGGAGCCAAAUAUGGAGUGGGUUUCUGGAAACCAGGAUCUGGAAUCAUUCACCAGAUCAUUCUGGAAAACUACGCCUACCCAGGGGUCCUGCUCAUCGGCACAGACUCCCACACACCUAAUGGCGGGGGCCUGGGUUCCAUCUGCAUUGGAGUCGGUGGAGCUGACGCUGUUGAUGUCAUGGCUGGCAUCCCCUGGGAACUCAAAUGUCCUAACGUGAUUGGUGUGAAGUUGACGGGUGCGCUCUCUGGCUGGACCUCUCCCAAGGACGUCAUCCUGAAGGUGGCGGGCAUCCUGACUGUUAAAGGAGGCACUGGAGCCAUCGUGGAGUACCAUGGCCCUGGCGUGGACUCCAUCUCCUGCACUGGUAUGGCCACCAUCUGCAACAUGGGAGCUGAGAUCGGAGCCACAACCUCCGUCUUCCCCUACAACCACCGCAUGAAGACCUACCUGGACAAGACAGGCCGCGCAGAGAUUGGUGAGCUUGCUGAUGAGUAUAAGGAAUGCCUCGUCCCAGACCCCGGCUGCGAAUAUGACCAGCUGAUCGAGAUCAACCUCAGCGAACUGCAGCCGCACAUCAACGGCCCCUUCACACCUGAUCUGGCCCACCCCGUGUCUGACAUCGGAGCUGUAGCUGAGAAGAGUGGCUGGCCCCUGGAAGUGAAAGUAGGUCUGAUUGGCAGCUGCACUAACUCCAGUUAUGAGGACAUGGGUCGCGCCGCGUCGCUGGCCAAGCAAGCCCUUGACCGCGGGCUCAAGUGCAAGGCCCAGUUCACGGUGACGCCCGGCUCCGAGCAGAUCCGCGCCACCAUCGAAAGAGACGGAUACGCCAAGAUCCUGAGGGAUGUUGGAGGUGUGGUGCUCGCCAAUGCCUGUGGGCCCUGCAUUGGGCAGUGGGACAGGCAGGACGUGAAGAAGGGAGAGAAGAACACCAUCGUCACCUCCUUUAACAGGAACUUCACGGCCAGGAAUGAUGCCAAUCCAGCCACCCAUGCUUUCGUGACUUCCCCUGAGAUUGUCACAGCCAUGGCCAUUGCCGGCACGCUGAACUUCAACCCCGAGAAGGACUUCCUCACCGCUCCCAAUGGUGAGAAGUUCAAGCUGGUCCCCCCCACUGGUGACGAGCUGCCCUCCCGUGACUUCGACCCGGGCCAGGACACCUACCAGCAGCCCCCGUCCGACGGCAGCGGUGUCUCGGUGGACGUCAACCCAUCCAGCAACCGCCUGCAGCUACUGGAGCCCUUCGACAGUUGGAGUGGCAAGGACCUGGAGAACAUGGCCAUCCUCAUCAAGGUGAAGGGCAAGUGCACCACUGACCACAUCAGUGCUGCUGGCCCUUGGCUCAAGUUCCGCGGCCACCUGGACAACAUCUCCAACAACAUGCUGAUCGGUGCCGUCAACAGCGAAAAUGAUGCCGUCAAUAAGAUCAAGAACCUCCUGACUGGAGAGUACGGAGGCGUCCCUGAUGUGGCCCGCCAUUACAAGGCCAAUGGGUUGUCGUGGGUGGUGGUGGGGGAUGAGAACUACGGAGAGGGAUCCAGCAGGGAGCAUGCAGCCCUGGAGCCACGCCACCUGGGGGGCAGGGCCAUCAUUGUCAAGAGCUUCGCCAGGAUCCACGAGACCAAUCUGAAAAAGCAGGGGCUGCUGCCUCUCACCUUCAAUGACCCGGCUGACUAUGACAAGAUCCGCCCCGACGACAAGAUCUCCAUCAAAGGACUCACAACCUUUGCUCCUGGGAAGCCCCUCACGGCAGUGAUCACCCACGGCGAUGGCAGCCAGGACACCAUCCAGCUGAACCACUCCUUCAAUGAGACGCAGAUCGAGUGGUUCCAAGCUGGCAGUGCCCUGAACAGGAUGAAGUCUCUGCAGAACUAAGGAGGAGGAGGAACGAGGAGGAGGAGAGGAGGAGGAGGAGAGGCCUCAGGGACGAGAGGCAGGGCUAGUAAAGACUGAAGGGGAAGGGAGGGGUGGGAUGGGGGGUAAAGCAUGCACACCAAACAAAAACAGAAAAGAAAAGAUUAAAGUAAUUUGUAACCUUUCCCCAGACCCAGAUACCCCCAUACAUCCACACGUAACUGCCGCCAACUGAUCACUGCACACUGCACCCACAACUACACACAGAGACACACACACACACACCUCAGGUCGCUGUAUGAAUUGAACGCGCACACAUCUAACCCCCCCCCCCCCCCACACACACACACACACACACACACACACACACACGCACACACACAAACACACACAUACUUGCACUCAGGCGUGUGGCCACUUGGAAAUGUAGAAUUUCAUAUCUAUUAUCAGGGAGCUCCAAAAAGACACACACACACACACACACACACACACACACACACACACACACACACACAGACACAUUCAGGACAGCUAGAUUUGGUCCAUAUCCAUGCUACUGCAGAUGACUUAGCUUUGUGUGGUCAACACUGGCCACUUGUUACACUGCUCUCUGCACACUAAUAACGCAAGAAUUGUGUUAUACACUUGCUGUAUAGUAACACUGGUUAUAUUUUGUCUGAUAGCACUGUAUACGACGUAUCCCAUGUUACUGUUGUGGAGAGUAGAGGAGCAGGGACCUCAGAAAUGAGUCAGUCCUCUGAUGGAGAUGGCUUGCUUGCUUAUGUGUUGACUUGGUCUGACUUGUUGAGCGCGUCCCCUCCAGGAAGCGGUUGUUUUUUUCUGUAAAGUUACUGUACUGACUUGUUACUGUAGCAGGGUAAGACCUCAUGACCUGCAGUAGAUACAUGUAGAAGGGUGCCGAAAUCAGCUGUGGUUGGUUAACCGGGUAGACGUGCUGCUUUUACAUCUGUUCUGCUGCUUGUGUGUGUGUGUGUGUGUGUGUGUGUGUGUGUGUGUGUGUGUGUGUGCACACACGUGCGUCUGACACAUUGGUCAUUUCUUUCUUUAAUCCCUGAGGACAUCUGCCUGAUCGUCCUUUAAGCCGGCCUCCUCUUUGUGCUGACCUCCCUGCUGACUCACUCCCUGCCUGGGGUGACCUCUUGUCUGUCUUUGUUGAGAAAAACUAAACGCACAAUCUACAGUGUGCAGUGCACCUGUGUGUAGCGCAGCGUCUUGCCUGCGGCACGCAGAUGCUCUGUCACUUUCGUACCACUAGCGCUUCACUCCUUAAUAGCUGAGCAUAGUGUUAGAUGUUAUUAUAAAUCUUUUAAAUAAUCAGAGGAGGAGGUUUGAGAAACAGUUAUUCCCUGUUGUUGUCGUUUCACAUAAUUAUGCCAGAAAUCCAUUUUAUGGGAUAGGUUGUAUGGUUCUAAAAAAUUCACAGUGACCGGAUAUUAAAGCUGAGAUUAUUAUGUAUGAAUGUGAUAUGAAAAGUUUAGGGGGCCUUUGCCAGUUACUGUUUCCCGUAUUGUAAACUUGAUUGUGGUCUCAUCCGCUAGAUCUAUGAUAGGCGUACUGUAAUGAACCAUGCGAUUGAAGGACCCUUUGCUAUUAUGUUCCAUUUAUUUUCUCAGCACCUUUAGAGUAAUAUUAUGCCUUUUGAUGAAUCGCUAUUCCAUUUGUAGACUAUUCCAUGAUAAACAUGUUAUUUUAUGUGAUUGUGUGUAGGACCUGUAAGUGACAAUGGCUCCCUAUCUUGGCACGUGUAACUAUUUUAAUAUAGCCGCACAUUGCGUAGCUAAGUGUGUAUUUACGUAUGAUAUGCAAGGGAGAAUGAAUAACCAGAUAACUGCACACAUUUCUCCAGUAUGUGUCGGUCCUAGGUUACAGACUCUAGUAUGCGAAUGUCGGUCAGAAGGGGAAGUCGGGAUGAUUGAGACCUAUUUAGGGCAUCCGUUAGAACUUGCUUGAAAUGCUUCCAGAAAUCAAGGCAAAUUGAUGGAUAAACAAACCUGUAAAGGAUGAGAAAUAUCAUGUGUUCAUUGGGUGUAAAUUGACAGCAUUUCACACAAAUUUUGAUCAUUGUUGCACGGGGUGAGAAUUCCUAAACCUUUGCUGUAAUUGCCAAAGAUGCCUCAGUGUGGUAUUGUGCAGAGUAUGUGUGUGAAACCCAGACAUGUCCGAUGGAAGCUUGGAAUGAGAGACUGUUGUCUGGAUCUUUGAUGUGUUUUUAUUUUGUAAGUGAAAUACCACCAGGCAUGCACUGUGUAACCACUUUAUAGCAGACUGAAUUUUAACACAGUAUUUCCAGAAGAAUCUUUUGGCAAACUAUAUUCAGUAUUGACGUGACACGAUCCCCUCAAACAAUCACCCCAUGCAUAGCAUUUAUCAUAAAUUUAUCAAAAAGUCUCUGCUUACACUGUGUGUUAAUGUAAAGCAAUGUGAUUACGGUUAUAUGUGGUCCCAAUGCGUUGCUUUUCAGGUGCUCCUCUAGGGCUGUCUUCUGUGAAGCUCUCCCAACUCUGACUGAAUCAGUUCUGUCUCUUCAUCAGAUUCUGAGGUUGAUUGUGUUACAGUUAGUGAUGCAAAUGCUUAGUUUCAUUUCCAGCAAGAUGCAAUGAAAGAUGUUAGAGAAUUCCUUUAUCCUGGUAAAUAAACUAUUUAUCAGCC